CUGGCAAGCGAAUUCAUGACCAACGAGUGGGAAAGAGAGGCCACGGGCUUCUUUUUCCGGCUCUUCCGCCGUCACCCCUCUUCUUCCGUUUUCUCGACGUCUCCUGACGUCACUUCCGCCCCUGAGCCUAUCGCCCCUUUCCGCGAAGCAUCCGGAAAGGGUAACCCCGUGGCGCGCGGUGGGCGAGGCCUCUUUCCGUGCGGCCUCCGAGCAGCAGCCAUGGCGGAGCCCAAGGUAUUGGUGAUUGAUGGUCGUGGCCACCUGCUUGGUCGCCUGGCAGCCAUUGUGGCCAAACAAGUGUUGCUGGGGCGCAAAGUUGUGGUUGUGCGUUGCGAAGGAAUUAACAUAUCUGGCAACUUCUACCGCAACAAAUUGAAAUAUCUGGCUUUCCUGCGCAAGCGUAUGAACACCAACCCUUCCCGUGGCCCUUAUCACUUCCGUGCCCCCAGCCGAAUCUUCUGGAGAACUGUGCGAGGAAUGCUCCCACACAAGACCAAACGUGGCCAGGCUGCCUUGGAGCGGUUGAAGGUUUUUGAUGGCAUCCCCCCUCCUUAUGACAAGCGCAAGAGGAUGGUGGUCCCUGCAGCUCUGAAAGUGGUCCGCCUCAAGCCCACACGCAAGUUUGCUUAUUUGGGCCGCCUUGCCCAUGAGGUUGGGUGGAAGUACCAGGCCAUAACAGCCACCUUGGAAGAGAAGCGCAAGGAGAAGGCCAAGCUCCAUUAUGCAAAGAAGAAAAAACUGAUGAAACUCCGGAAGCAGGCAGAGAAGAAUGUGGAGGGCAAGAUUGCAAAGUACACAGAUAUCCUGAAACAGCAUGGCAUCUUGGUUUAAACCAACCACUUGACUCAAUGCACAAUAAAGAAUUUAGUUUACAAUC